GCGCACACCGAGAGACAGAGAGCGGCGCCUCAUCGCACCUCACCGUCUGCCGCCGUCCGCGCGACCCCCCGCGAUCCCCCGCCAUGGCUUCGCUCUUCGCCGACGUCCCGAUGGCUGCCCCCGUGGUCGUGUUCAAACUGUCGGCCGACUUCCGUGAGGACCCGCACCCUGACAAGGUCAACCUGGGCAUCGGAGCUUAUCGCACUGAUGAAGGUCAGCCCUGGGUCUUGCCGGUUGUGAGGAAGGUGGAAGCGCAGAUUUCCAAUGACCUCACCCUGAAUCACGAGUACCUGCCAAUCCUUGGACUCCCAGACUUCACUCAGGCUGCCUCUGCCAUCGUGCUGAGUAAGGACAGUGCUGCUAUAGCAGACAACAGGGUGGGCGGUGUGCAGUGUUUGGGAGGCACGGGGGCCCUUCGCAUCGGUGCUGAGUUCCUGCGACGAUGGUACAACGGCAACAACAACAAGGCCACGCCAGUCUAUGUCUCUUCACCAACCUGGGGGAACCACAAUGGGGUGUUUGGUGGUGCAGGCUUCACUGAUAUCCGCUCGUACAAAUACUGGGACAAGUGCACUCGUGGGCUGCAUAUGAAAGGAAUGCUGAAGGAUAUGGAGGAUGCCCCAGAGUUCUCGAUCUUUGUGUUGCACGCCUGUGCCCAUAACCCCACUGGGACAGACCCGACACACGAGCAGUGGAUGGAAAUUGCUAAGGUCAUGAAGAAAAGGCACCUCUUCCCCUUUUUUGAUAUAGCCUACCAGGGGUUUGCCUCAGGCGACCUGGACAAGGAUGCAUGGGCUGUCCGCUAUUUUGUGGACCAAGGUUUUGAGUUCUUCUGUGCCCAGUCAUUUUCCAAGAACUUCGGCCUUUACAAUGAAAGAGUGGGGAACCUGACAAUUGUGAGCAAGGACCACGACAACGUCAUGAAGGUCCGCUCCCAAAUGGAGGUCAUCAUCCGCACAAUCUGGUCAAACCCCCCGACUCAGGGGGCUCGGAUCGUGGCCAAGACUCUCAAUGACCCCCAGCUCUUUGCUGAAUGGAAGGAGAACGUGAAGACUAUGGCUGACCGAGUGCUGCUGAUGAGAGACGAGCUGAGGAAGAGACUGGAGAAGCUGGGGACACCAGGGACCUGGAAUCACAUCACCGAGCAGAUUGGCAUGUUCAGCUUCACAGGACUUAAUGAGGCGCAGGUGGAAUACAUGAUCAAGACGAAGCACAUCUACCUCAUGGCCAACGGCCGCAUCAACAUGUGUGGCCUGACCACCAAGACCCUGGACUACGUGGCAACAUCAAUCCACGAGGCCGUCACCUCCAUCAAGUGAGACAUGCGGGAGACUCGCUCGCUGGGAGCACUCGCUGUCUGUGCAUCGUUUUUUGUGUGAUUCGUGUUCCCUUUGUCUUUACCCCACCACCUCCCCAGCAAACUUUCCUCACGUGACCAGUUCAGUUGGUCACCCCUCCCACAAAAUCUAAUGGGAAUUUAGCACACGUCAGUAGGACUGUCCAAUUCCUUAAUCUCUAGACUUAUUUUAACCACCUUUUAAUAUCUCUCUCUCUAUUUCUCUCUCUCGCUCCUUCAAUUUACAGAGCACUUUAAUAACAGAGUACAGUUCUUAAUAUAAGCAAAAUUGGGCUAAUUAAUUAAUUACAUUUCCUCAAGAAAUAGGGUUGACUGCUGCACCCCCGUAUAAUUGGCCUGGGGGAAGGGAAGACACUUACACUGCAGAAAUAGGCACAUUAAAAGAAAAUAUAUAUCUGUAUAUAACUCUUUAACGUGUUGCUGGGAUUUGCAAGAAAGUCGCAUUGUCAAGAGUUCAGUUCAAAAUGUAACGUUACUGUCUGCCCCGCAGAGCGCACUGUAAAUACCUCACUACAGACCCUCAGGGUACAGAUUGACAGAUGGCUACACUGUUAGUAAGUGGUUAACACUAUGCGUCUUGUUUCCAAUCUCUAAUAAUUUGAGGCUGGUCAAGCGACCGAGGGGAUUGUGGUUCAGCUGCUCGCUUCAGAAUGAUCCGAAAGUGCACAUCAUUACGUGCAAGCCAUGGCAGUGACACUAUCCUGACAGCAGGUCCUCCUCGCUCAGCUCCCUCAAUGUGUGUUUUAUCACAGCGUGUUGCAUGUGGGGAGGGGUAUUCACAUUCAGAGAGGGGAUGUGUGUAUGUGUGUGAGGUGUGGGCGAGGAGGGGAGUUAGCGUACUGAUGGGGGAUGUAUUUGUGUGUAGGGGAGGGUUGCUUGCAAAUGGGGGAGGUUUGUGGAGGAGGGUUGGCAUUUGCAUAGGGCUGUGUGUGUGUGUGUGUGUGUGUGGUGGGGAGCUGUGGGGUGUGGAGGAGCGGUUUAGCAUGGAGAUGGGGGAAUGUUGUGCAGAUUUCGGUCCCAACUCUGCCACAUAAGGUUUCACAGACAAACCCACGUGAAGAGAGACGUGAAUUUUGGCAGCCUGUCUCUGCCCGGCGUACAGGGAGCAUCUGCCUGGGUGAACAACAUCACGAGCUGGCACUGCAAAUUAAAUGGUUGAAAUUUUUAUCCCUGAAAUUGGCCCGUUCACCUGGCACGCGUUGGCUGAGGAAUGCAGACCAUAUGUUGCCUCACUGCCAGGAAAGCUUUCUGGUAUUUCAUCAUUUUUAUCUAAUAAUAAAUGUAAUGUGCAGUAUAAAACUAAAUGCAUUGUGAAGACUUCUAAAGUAUGAUUAAUACGCUCUUUAAGUGAAGCGACCUGUUAACUUCUGAGGUGCCAGGUCGCAGUGUGUGUUUCCCAUCAGAGAUUCUCUCUCUCACACCUGCUUUCACAGAUAUCUGUGAAUACUUGUCCCAGUCAGAGGGAGUGUACAGUGUAUAGUAUACAGGAAUAUACUCUUGUCCUGACAGUCUUACCCGGAUGGGUGGUGGGGUGAUGUGGGAUGGGGGGAAGGAAAAGAAUCCAGCUUCAAUCAAAAGCACACGACGCAUCACUGUCUCAGAGAGAAUAGCAAAAAAAAUUAAUAGCUGAAGCUUGAAACUAAAAUAAUUAUUUUAAGUUUAGAACUUGGGGUUGUGGGGAGCCACCUCUGUCUGUCUGUCUGUCUGUCCUAAGCUGAGUUUUUAAAAAAAAUUGUUAUAAAAUAUUGUAACGCCGCAGUAUUGCACUGUUUAGUUUGACUCCCCGUUGACUGGCUGAGAGAAUCCUUUCACCUACUUGAGUCUCUCUAAGAUUUUAAUUUUUAAUCUUAGUUUUAAUCUUGUUCAUAAUUGAGUUUUGGUUAGAGCGGUGAUGGUGUCUCGGAGAGAGUGGGGGUGGGGUGAGGGAUGUGUUUGGGGUGGCAGGAAAGGAAGGAGAGAGGAAGGUGCGUUUGUGUUAUUACCAUUGUGGUCCUCAGUCAGAAUAGAGUUGUUUCUGUUAGGCCAGUGGUGCUUGUGGUUUAUCAGUCAGACUGUGUGUGUGUAUGUGUGUGGUGUGGGGAGGCAGGAAAGGAAGGAGAGGUGUGUGAGUUUGUGCGCAUUAAUGAGCUGCUUUCACCUCCUCUACCUUACAUUGUGCCCAGUGCUGAUGUCCCAUCUUGGUGAGAGAAGGGAGCAGCAGUUUUCCUUCUGCCUCGGAACUUAAACUGAGUGCGUUUGUAUCUAAUAAUAAAUGGAACGUGCAGUAAAAAAAUAAAUGCAUUGUGAAGAUUUCUGAAGUCUGAUUAAUACGCUCUUUAAGUGAGGCGAUUUACUUAACUGAGACUCUUACCCAAAGUAUCUCUGAGUUAGCCAUUAAACUGACUACGGGUCCUUUGGAAUCGACAUCUCUCUCUUUCUCUCGCUUUACCCUACCUGUCCCCCCCCUCUUCACACGCGCACACAGCAUUGCAGUUCAAAUUAAGAUGCUGGAGGUGGGAUAAGCUUGAACUCGUUCCUCUUCGCUCCCCCAGCAACCCCAACCCCCCACUUCUGCUUCCUGUCUCUUCCCCUGCGCUCCCUAUGUGAGCUGCUGUACUGUAUGGUUGUAAGGCUCCAACACAUCCCCAAAAGUGUUUGUGAUUCCCUUUAAACAUUGUUUCUCCACCUCCCCCCUCCUACUGUAUUUAAUGGUGGAGAGGAAGGUGUGUGGGGGGGGCGGUCGCUUCUGUCUCAGUAAUCUGCGACUCUCUUGUAACUUCCAAUGUCCAGGAUAUUUGACUCAGUUGCAGCAGUUGAUGCCCAGGUGUCUGACUACCAAAUCUCUCUUCGAAUGUACCUUGUGUAGUAAAAUAGUACUGUAUCGUGAUUCUGUAUUAGUGCUUACAUAUGCUCUCACUCAGAGCUGAAAUAUAUUCUAAAGAAUCAGAGAAUCAUUAAUAUGGGGAGGGGAUGUGCGAGUAUGGAUGACUGGCUUAUUCAUCCAGUUUAAAAAUAUAUAUAUACAAUUAUAACUGCCAAACAUUCUGUCCAAAUAUUAUAAUACAUCAAAAUAAAGAUUUUAAAGAGUG